AUGCUCCGGAGAAGCUGCUCGGGUUAUCUAGUGGCAGGUAGAUGGUAUGUCAUAUGUCAUUUCGUUUGGAUUUAUUACUCCAUAUUAUUUCCUGAAGUAUUGGGAUCGCUCUUCCGGUUACGAACAGACCAGCCUAGCCUCCCAACUAAAGACGGCCGGACUACAACCUACUUACUUACCACCUUAGCUACCAAGACCGAACAUCCAGCUUCAGUCACAGACGUCCAUCCAAUAAUGGGCCGUGACGGGGAACGGAGUGGGCCGGGUGGCUCUGGUCCGGCGUGCUUUGGGAGGGAAAGCAUGGGCCAUGACAGGGCCAGAGCCAGAGAGCGGGCCCCACAACCCAGUCACGGGGGUGUGGAUGCUGUCCCAGCCCAACUGACAAUACGGUCACAUCCCGGCCGCACGUAUGGUAAUUCUGUACCUCCUCGGUAUUCGCACGUCACGCACGCCCUCUCCGAUCACUUACUCCCUGGGUAG